AAUUACUAGAUUUAGGUAUAUUAACUUUAUUAGUAUCCGCCAGUAAAAGAGGUUUGGCGAUUUAUAGCUUAAAUUAAAAAUAUUCAAUUAAAUAUCAAAAAGUUCUAAGAAAAGACAAUUCGGUGUAAAUGAAGGUAAAAACUAACUGAAUGUUAUUCUAUUCACGAAAAACAAACGUAAAUAAUUACCGUAUCACUCAGGAUUUGUAAAAAAUUAAAUAUAAUCCUUUUAAAUUUUGAAGGAAUCGAUAUUAUAACACAUAGAGGGCGCUACAAUGCAGAUAUCCGUGUCGUGCAAUCCGAGUUACGCUUACGUCGCGAAAGAAACGAAAUUUACCCACACUCCAACCUCAUGUUACAAGUGAACAGUGUACUAGGCGAGACAAGCAGACUAUCGCGAUACCAGCAGAAGUUCAGUUAUAUUAUGGCAGUGAGUGAAAGAGUAAAGUGACGUGUUAUUAUCGACUCUAGUGUUAAUUGCAUCUGUGCUAACGUUUAAUUCACAAUGGCCAUGGAUUUUCAUGCAAUCUUGGACGCUGCCAAGCAAAACAAGGACAAAUUUACUAAUAAACCAUGCCUUCAAACAAAAUUUCAACCUGUAAAAAAGGUUACGAAGCAAAGUAAAGCACUGUCAGAGAACAUCAAAAAGUUCUUGGCCAAAAAAGAAGAGGAAGAUAGACAGAAAGCUCUAGAAGAAAAAAGAAAACGAGAGCAACUGGAAGCUCUUCGAGAUCAUAAGGCACAAAGUAGAAUAAACAAACAUCUAAAAGUUUGUAAAGCUGCUAAUAAGUCUGUUCUCGAUGAUGCCGUUAACCACCAAAACACAGCUGUUACCAUAGCAGGACCUUCACAAUGCGAUGAAGAUGAUUAUGGAUAUGUGUCACAAGAAGCUUCAGCGUUUUAUGAUAAACUUAUGAAUAAAUACAAUGCUAUGCCUCCAGAAAAAUCCAUAUUUAGCUCCGAUGGAAAAAAGUCAGCUAAAGAUAUUGCAUCAACAAAAGAUAGAGUACGUCAAGCUUUGAAAGAUCAAGAAUUAGAAGAAACUCUUCCACAUAGAAGAAAAAGAAGCAAAGGAAAUGAUGAGAAGGGUGAAGAACGUGAAAACAAAAAACACAGAUCAUCAAAUAGUGACGAAGAAAAAGAAAAAAGAAAUGUCAAAGAUGAAAAACCAAAAAUUAAAAAAAAACCUAUGCCACCUCCUAUAGAUUUUCAAUCUUUACUGGCAUUGGCAGCCAAAAAACAGUAUGAGCCUGUAGCACUUCCUCCACCUAAGCCAAAAGAAGAAGAGCGACCCAUGACCAAAAAACAAAUGAUGGAAUAUGCUAAAGAGAAAGAGUGGAGAGAAAGAAAAGAACUGAAAAACAAGCAGCCAGAAACAUCUAAAUCAGGUUCAUCUUCAACUGAAAAUGGUAAACCAAUUUCUUCAGCUAAGACAAGCAGUUCUAAGAGUUCAAGUAAUACUUCUGCUGAUAAAAUUGUUUCCAAAUCACUGCCAAGUAUACCUAAAAAAGUGAGCGAAAAGUCAUUUGACAAAAGUACCUCUUCAAGCAAUAAAAUAGUUGAAAAAUCAAAUGGAACAGCUAAAACUAAAAGUAGCUCAAACUCUAGCAACAGCAUGAUAAGCAAAUCUACAGAACGUUUUAAUGUUACAAACAAAAAUGUUGAACGUUCUAAUGGUACAAUUAAACACGACAAAGCUUCUAAAUCAUCCAGUAGAGAUGUCCUUGCAGAGAAACAAAGAAUGCUAGAAGAGCAAAAGAGAAUGUUAGAAGAACAAAAACGUAAAUUUGAAGAAGAAAAGCGACAAUGGAUGUUGCAGCAAAGUAGAGCAAAUGAUAGUAAACAGACUUUGCCAUCAAAGAAAUCUACUGAUAGUAAAGGUAGAGAUUUCGCUAAAUCUUCAUCUUCAAAUGGGAAAAGUUCUGCAUUGCAAUCGUCGUCGACUAAAAAUGGAAAAUCCAGUGUCGUUAAAUCUCGAAGUGACGUUAAAUCUUCAGCUGAAGUGAGACCACGCCAAUUUCCGCCAGCAGACGUUAAAACGCGCAAAUUCCCACCCGAUGAUGUAAGACCAAGACAGUUCCCUCCUCCCGACGUAAGGUCUUCAAAACCAAAGCCAAAAAAGAAGAAGAACGUGAUUUAUGACACAGACGAGGAAGAAUAUGAUUCUGAGUUGGACGACUUCAUCGAUGAUGGACCAGAGGAGGGCGAAGACUACAGUAAAUAUAUUAGCGAAAUUUUCGGAUACGACAAAAGUAAAUAUCGACAUAUCGAUGAAGAAGAUGAUGCAGCGAUGGAAAGUAGUUUUGCUCAGCAAAUGAGGGAAGAACAGAUAUCGACGAGGAUCGGUAUCAUGGAAGAUUUAGAGGACAUAGCUUUAGAAAAGAAAGAAAAGGCCCUGGCUGCAGCUAGGAAAAAACAUAAACGAUAAAUAUGUUGUUGAUGCGACCAAUCAAAAUGUAUAAAGUUAUUUAGAGAAACGAAUCUCUAAAGUGUGAUAAACUUAUAAAUGUAUAAAUCUUACUAAAUAUAAUUGCGUACCAGUAUAAGUUUUUUAUGUACAAAAGAUAUUUUUAUAAGAAAACUAUACCAGUUUACAGAAAUAUCGCAUAGUCGUUUUCGUUCAUAUUGAUGAAAACAACCAAUCACUUAUUUCAUCAAUAUCUAUUUGCUAUGAGUUUGCUUUAAUUGUCGUGGCGAGACUUUUU